UUAAUCAGUUAAUUAAGUGCAUCAUCCGGGUAUUUCAAGUGCACUUUUUCUUUUUGGGAUUUUCAGUGUGAAUGCACUACUCGCACUAGCUAUACUACAAAACAUCAUAGAGUAGUGCAUAAGUAGGUGAUUUGGGACGCACCUAUGGAUUUGGAGAUGUUGUUGUAAAUCGUCAUUACCUGUACUGCAUUAAUACAAAGUCAGUUAAGAUGAAUAUUUUAAUGAGUAUUUUGUCGCGUGACCUCGGGAGGCGGGUCGUGCUCACAGAGCGCCUCAGUCUCGUGUUUAGACUCCUGCUCUAGUGCUCAGCUCAGCAGGACAGCAGCAGGACAGCAGCUCAUCAGCACAGCAGCACAGCAGGGAUAUAAGCACGCAGUGUAGGAAGGGUACUAGCGCGCAUCAGCCAGCACUGAGCAGAGCUGUUAUUGUGAUCAGGCGGACUCGGGGCACACCUUCAGCGGGUUAAUGUUCACUCUGACCUGCGGCCGUCACUGGCCGAGCGCUCUGACCAGACUAGCCCGCUGUUACAGCCGCGCAGGGGAAAUGGCCGCAGACUGGCUGUCCUCCGCGGAGCGAGAGCAGUUCCUCCUGGAGCUCAAGGCCACCGGAUGGAUGGAGGUCGAGGACCGCGACGCUCUUCACAAGGAACUGCACUUCAGAAGCUUUAACCAGGCGUUCGGCUUCAUGUGUCGAGUGGCUCUGCAAGCAGAGAAGAUGAACCAUCAUCCGGAGUGGUUCAAUGUUUAUAACAAGGUCCAGAUCACUUUAUCGACACAUGACUGUGGAGGACUGUCAAAGAAGGACAUUCGACUGGCCAAAUUCAUUGAUAAGGUGGCUCUGUCCCUGUAGCAGCUCUUCCUUCUGGAUUGUACAUUCAUUUUCAAUAUUUCAAAUCUUUUGUAUUGUAUUCCAAAAAAGGGAAAUAGGGCAAUGUGUUAAUUUCACAUAGGUGUGUGUUUAAAAUCACUCUUGUUGAUCCGAUCUACAUGAUUAUGGAAAAUGUGUAUCAAACAGAUGAUGGAAUACUGUGAGUGUGGAUCCAUGUCAUAUUCAUUAAAUAUCUGAUACAAUUUCAAAUUAUU